AUGGAGAUAUUAGAGAAGAUUCCGGCAUUCGUCCGUAUAAGUGGACCGCCAAACAGUAACUUUCUCGUAGGAUACCCCGGGAUUUCAGCCACUAUGCCUCGUAUAGAAGGCAAAGUUGAAAUCCGCCCUGGCUCGGGAUACACAGCACCGGUCGCCAUAUCAUUCGUCUCCAUUGGUCUCUAUCGAAAGGAAACAAUACAUCCCCACGCAGAUGGAGUUAUCAGCGGCCGCCUAGCUGCUCCGCGGAAAGAAUUACGGAAACUAGUUGCAAAAGAACAAAGACUAUACCAAUGCCCAGCCGGAAUGCCUUACGAAAUGGUAAUGGCUAUGGAUUUACCGUUUAUGUUGAUGAUACCAGUAUCGGGAAGUGGGUCGGAAGAUAUAUUAAAUGUGCCGCCGGCGAGCUUAACUUUGCCUUCACGAGUUGCAGAGACAUAUUAUGAGUUGGAGGUCAGCGUGAGGCAGGGCCAUACGGAGUUGACAAAACAUACGUUCCCGGUGCCCAUAACGAGAUACGACACUUUAUCUUCGUUUGGGAUGUAUAAUAGGCCAGAAACACAAGAACGUGUAUCAGAUCACCUUGUAACUUUGUGUAUGGUUCUGGAGCGGUGGUCUUUUGGCCCGAAUGACCCUGUGGAGGUUUCGGUACGACUGACGCCAAACCCGGAUUGGAUUGUCAAGGCAAGGAAGGUGUCGAUAUCAAAAAUUGUGGUAGCGAUUGAGGAGCACAUCACAUAUAAUCCCCAGGGCGACGAGCCAUCGACAAAAGUUAAACAGCUCACCAGCAAGAAGGAGGUUGUGGGGCAAAAGCUACCGGAAUCUGGGUACGAAACCAGGAUUAACAUCAAAUUUCCGGCAAAGGAGUUGAGAGAUAGUGAUGGGUACCUUCCACCAGGGAAGCCGGCAUUUCCUUUGUAUGAAGUUAGCGGUUUCACUACAUCGGCAACAUUAUACAAAAUUGAUUAUUUCCUGACAGUUAAGGCCCAUAUGUCUAGCUGCAGGGAUAUCACACUACGACAAAAGAUCGUAGUUUCUCCAUUUGACUACAAAACCUGCCACGACGAACUGCCAGCAAUUCAAGAAGCAGCACAAGUGGCGUACCGCAUUGGUCAAGAAGGGCCGCGGCUUCCUGCACCGGUUAUUAUAUAUCCUAGUGAUACAGCAAUGCUAAGACGUGUAAACAUGACGAAAGUUGGGAAUGAGCGCAAAUUGAUCAUUCAAUAA